AUUCCCGUGACCAAACACACUUAAAGAGAGACGCGUUCUCCUCUUUUUCUUCUUCUGAAUUUACCCGGCGACAACUGCAUAUUGACUUGUCUCCUUCUUGUUGCUAGAAUCGAUCAUUUCCACCUUUCUCAUUCUUCUAGCUUCGGAUCCGUAGCCAAGGUUUGAGUAUCAAGCAAAGAUGAGUGACAAUCUCAUGGACAAAGUGACCGCCUUCGGCGAGCGCCUCAAGAUCGGAGGCUCAGAAGUGAGCAACAAAAUCACCGCCGGCGUUAGCUCCAUGAGCUUAAAAAUGAAGGAGCUGCUUUUCCAAGGCCCCAACCCGACCGACAAAAUAGUCGAGGACGCUACUUCGGAGAAUCUAGAGGAGCCUGACUGGGACAUGAACUUGGAGAUAUGCGACAUGAUCAAUCAAGAGACGAUCAGCAGCGUGGAUUUGAUCCGUGGGAUCAAGAAGCGGAUCAUGAUGAUGAAGCAGCAGCCGAGGGUUCAGUACCUCGCCUUGGUUUUGCUCGAGACGUGUGUUAAGAACUGCGAGAAGGCCUUCUCGGAGGUGGCGGCUGAGAGAGUCCUUGACGAAAUGGUUAGGGUGAUUGAUGAUCCGCAGACGGUUGUGAAUAAUCGUAACAAGGCUUUGAUGCUGAUUGAAGCCUGGGGAGAAUCGACCAGUGAGCUUCGUUACUUACCUGUUUUCGAAGAAACUUACAAGAGCUUAAAAGCGAGAGGUAUCCGCUUCCCUGGACGAGACAACGAGAGCCUGGCACCCAUUUUCACUCCUGCUAGGUCAGCUCCAGCAGUAGAAGUGAGCACUGAACUUCCUCAGCAUGCGCGUGAGCCUGAGCAUGUUCAGUACAAUCCUCCUGUGAGAACCUUUACAGCUGAGCAGACGAAGGAAGCUUUCGAUAUAGCAAGAAACAGCAUUGAACUUCUUUCCACGGUUCUGUCCUCUUCCCCUCAACACGAUGCUUUACAGGAUGACUUAACAACGACACUUGUACAGCAGUGUCGCCAGUCUCAAACCACUGUCCAAAGAAUCAUCGAAACAGCAGGGGAAGACGAGGCUCUUCUGUUCGAAGCCUUGAAUGUGAACGACGAGCUUGUGAAAACUCUGUCCAAGUACGAGGAGAUGAACAAACCCUCUGCACCUUUAACCGCGCCUGAGCCAGCCAUGAUUCCUGUUUCUGAGGAGCCUGAUGACUCUCCGCUUCAUGGAAAAGAAGAAUCUCUGGUCAGAAAAUCGUCGAGUACACGAGCUUUGAUCCAUGGAGGUGGUGGGAGUGGGGAUGACAUGAUGGAUGAUCUUGAUGAGAUGAUAUUUGGCAAGAAGAGCGGCGGUUCCUCGACAGAUGGUGGACAUGACUCGAAGAAGUCGUCUAAAGAUGAUGAUCUCAUUCGAUUCUGAGAUGGUUUUAGUAAUAAAACUAUGUUUAACGGAUUUGGUUUUUAAUUGGUGAUAUGGAACAGUUUCUAUGUAAGUAAUCUGUGUUUGAUUGACUUAUGUUGGGGUUUAUAAUGAAGAGAGCUGUUAUGAGACCAAAUAUUUCUACUUUUAUAUCUUUCUCAAUAAAUUGUUGUGUUUACUGUUUA